AUGGGAGGGGACGGAGGAAGCUUACCGCAAAGGGUUGAUCUUGUUAGAAUGAAAAACAAAAAGUUGAAGGAAAAUACAGGAAGCCUUGGAUAUGAAAAAAAUACGCUUGUAACCAUAAAUCAUAAUAAAUAUAGCAAGAAAGAAUUAAAGGAAUAUUAUUUUAAUCAUUGCGCGAUUUCGCAAGAGGCUUUGAAGGAACCAUUUUUCUGUUGUCGCCUUGGGUUUUUGUACAACAAAGAAAACAUUUUUAAAUUAAUUUUAUUUAAGAAACAAAAUAAAAAGAAAAGAAAAAAAGAUUUUUAUGAUAAAUUUUCGCACAUUGAUUCCCUGAAAGACUUAGUGCUUUGCAAAAGCAAAUUAAAUGAAGAAAAAAAAUUAAUCUGCUUAAUUUCCAAUGAAAUAAUAAAUGCAACCUCUGGAGCCAUAUGCUUGUUUUCUUGUGGCUGUGUGUUUUCAAAGAAGGUUUUUAACCGCGUAAACAUUGCAAAGGAAAAUAUAUGUGUUACGUGUAACAAAAAAUAUAAACCCAGCGAUAUAAUUGAAAUAGGAAUAGAUGACGAAUCAGUAUUAGAGGAAAAAAAAAAAUUAAUUAAAAAAAGAAAAAUGGACAAAAAAAAAGAUAUGUCACAUGAAAAGAAGGAAACAUCAGAUCAGGAAAAAGUAAAAAAAAAAAAGGAAAUAACAGCAACAAACGGGAAAUAA